GGAGCAAAACUCGUCGAGACUUUGGGAGGUUUGGGGGCCUCUUAUACGGAAUCCGCGGGCUGUGAUUGGUCCGCUCGCUAAUGACGUCAUGGGCUCUCGCGCUAUUCCGGUUUCGGCGAACUGCGUCUAUAGAUUUGAAAACACCGACUUUUCAGGCAGAGAAAAGAGGCAGAAAGAAGAGCUUUAUUUAGAUUUCCUCUCUAUAAAUGUACGGACAUCUGUCUCUUUCUCUUUCUCUCUCUAUACAUUCUCUCUCUAUACAUUCUCUCUCUAUACAUUCUCUCUCUAUACUUACUCUCUCUAUAUACUCUAUAUUGUCUCUAUUGUAUGAAUUAUCAAACACAAUGGUCCUCGCCGAUUCCCUCAUCAUCUUCCUCGUCAUCACCGGCUGCGUCUGCUGCGUGCUCAUGGGAUACUCCAUCCACUUCAUUGCUACAAAUGGCUUCGUCGACGAAAAAGACCGCGAAAUGACAUUCGACCAAAAACAGUACAUGAGACAAUUACGACAACGGAAUCUUCACUGGAUGUUUCGGGAUGCCCGUGUACGGCGAGAUGUGGAAACACCGAUGGAUCCCGUACACUACGCUCCUGAGGAAUCUGUUCAGGGUGAGUAGAUAUGGGCAUGGCAUGGCAUGGCAUGGCAUUUAUGGUGUUUGGAUAAGGAGUUGGGUAUUUCUAUCUUUCUAUCUUUCUAUGUAUAUAUCUUUGUCUUCACUAGUGAGUUGUUGCACUAUGAC